CCCUUCACGGCAGCCCGCCAUUUUAUUUCAGGAGAAAAGAGAUCGCCCGCACGCAUUGAGCGGAGUCGCGGCCUUGUUGUGUUUGCCUGCCAUACCCGACCGAUCCGUUGUUUUUCCCUCUCUCAACCGCGAGUUGGUUCAGUAGAGCUGCGUAAACCGUGCGCGUCUUCAUCCGGUCUAUGGUGUGACUUUUGUCAAACGUCGGAGGAGAGAAGGUGAAAGAUGACUCAGUUUCUCCCCCCGAACCUACUGGCCCUCUUUGCGCCGCGGGACCCCAUACCAUUCCUGCCGCAGCUGGAGAAGCUGCCCCACGAGAAGCACCACAACCAGCCUUACAGUGGCAUCGCUCCGUUCAUCAGGCACUUCGAGGAUCCGAGAGAUGCUCCUCCACCAACACGGGCAGAGACGCGCGAUGAGCGGCUGGAGAGAAAGAGGCGAGAGAAGAUUGAGAGACGGCAAACAGUGGUGGAGACAGAACUCAAGCUUUGGGACCCCCAUAAUGACCCUAAUGCACAAGGGGAUGCUUUCAAGACGUUGUUCGUUGCACGAGUGAACUAUGAUACCACAGAGUCCAAGCUUCGGCGUGAGUUUGAGGUUUAUGGCCCCAUCAAACGGAUAUACAUUGUCUACAACAAGAGGACAGGGAAGCCUCGGGGCUAUGCAUUCAUUGAGUAUGAGCAUGAACGAGACAUGCACUCUGCCUACAAACAUGCGGACGGAAAGAAGAUCGAUGGUAGAAGGGUACUGGUGGACGUGGAGCGAGGACGCACUGUCAAAGGAUGGCAUCCUCGCAGACUGGGUGGUGGUUUGGGUGGCACCAGGAGAGGUGGAGCUGAUGUCAACAUCAAGCACUCUGGCCGAGAUGAUGCAUCACGCUAUGACGAUCGCACCCUGGGAGGAGUGGGUGAUCGGGAGCGCGGAGAACGGAGGGAACGAAGUCGGGAGCACAGCGAGCGUGGUGAGCGUGGUGAGCGUGGUGAGCGCGGUGAGCGUGGUGAGCGGGACAAGGAGAGAGUAGAGCGCCGGAGAUCCCGAUCCCGCGAACGUCGUCGUCGUACCCGUUCCCGGGAGCGUGAAAGAGAGAGGGACAGACCGGCGGUAGGAGGAGAGGAUGCCAACAGUGGCAGUAGUCGCCGUCGAGAGCGAGAGAGGGAGCGUGGGGCGGCAGUGGGCGGAGACAGCAGGAGUAGGGAGAGGAGUCGAGACCGGAAGAGGAGAAGCAAGAGCCGGGAUCGCAAGAGGGAUCGGGAGAGAGGCAAGGGGCUGGAUGGGGAGGAGGUCAGCCAGGGAGAAGGUGCCCCCGAGGGUGUGGAACGGAUGCUGGAGGAACACGAAGGAGAAGUGGGUGAGGGCACGGAGGAGCGUAGAGAGAGGGACCGAGAAAAGGACAGGGACCGAAGGCGUAGUCACAGGGAAAGAGAAAGGCGCAGGGGAGACCGGGACCGAGACAGGGACCACAAAAGGGAGCGGGGGGAGAGGGACAAGGGGGAACGCAGGGAAGAGCGCCACGGAUCCCUACGAGAUGAAGUGGGCUCCCAGGAUGACAUAGGAAAUGAGGAUGAGGGAGGAGCGCCGUCGCACGUGGAGGACUACAGUCAGGAUGGGAUGAAUGAUCAGCAGUCGGUGCCAUCGGCUGACGGAUAUGGCUCCAGUGAGAACGGCUACAAAAUGGAAGCACCAGGAGAAGAAUACUGAAAUGGCCCCUACCCCAGCAAACUCCCACUGACAAAUCAGUUGUUUCUUAUUGGUCCUUAAACUUGGCCCCUUGACUUCAGCCCAGGCACAAAAAGCCUAAAUGAAGUCGGGACGUCCUUAGUAUCACACAUCUAGCUAGCUUUCCUCCCGUCUGUCAAGAUUCUGUUGAAAUAUUCCACUAAAUAUUGUUGCAUAUACCAAAUUUGAUCUCACUAAAAGUUGCAGCUGUGAUUUAUUGCCCAACUAAUCCGUGCCACUAAAUGUUAUUAAUUACUUUGGUGAUUGAAACAAUGUCUUGUUUCCACUCUUCUGUAAGUUGGGAUGAACUUUGAAAAGACACGCUAUUCAUUUUGAGAUGAUAAAAAAGUUUUUUUUGUAAUUUUCAUAUUCAUAAAGCGGUUACAUCAUAUGCUCAUUUGGACCCAGUUACCAAUUUCUGCUCAAUGUAUGUGAAGUUGAAGGAAAUGUAGUGUUUUUUGACGAUUGAGUUUUUCCCCCUUAAUUGUUUCUUCAAUAUUUCUGUCUCCAUUAUGUAUGUUAGAUUUCCAGGGUCAUUUUAAUAAAGAUGUGACUUAAA